CAUCAUCACCAUACAUGUUUACAUCACAGAUCACAAUCAGAUUAGGAAUAGGAUCACUGUAUGUAUUCAAAACCAUGAGAUUCCUCUUGUCCCCUUUACCUUAUCUUAGAUUCCCAUACCAUAUAUUUAUGAGUAUAUAUAGAGGGAUGGUAGAUGGCAAAGUAGGAAAACAAUCACACAACAUUCAAUUCAAUACAAAUACAUUUUGCUAGAAAAGAAAAAUGGCAGCUUACCACGUUCGCUCUAAUAGCUUUCCCUCGAGGCAACACCCUAUCAUCCCUGAAUUCGAUGCCUUGCUGUGCAGACUAAGGUCUUCAGAAGCCACUUCUUCCUCAUCCUCAUAUGUCUCCUCCAACCUAAAUGGACUUCAAGAUCUCCAUGAUUGUCUUAAUAAGUUGCUUUCCUUGCCUCUUAAUCAACAAGCGCUCUCCAAAGAACAGAAUCAGAAAAAGGUUGAUGUUGUUUUGGAUGGAUCUCUUAGACUCUUGGAUCUUUGCAACACAGCCAAGGAUGCCUUGUUGCAAAUGAAGGAGUCAACUCAGGAACUUCAAUCAGCUAUGCGAAGAAAACAUGGGGGUGAAAUCAGUCUCUCAAGUGAGGUUAAGAAAUUCUUGAGCUCUAGAAAGAUGAUGAAGAAGGCACUCUCCAAGGCCAUGGAAAACAAAUCCAAAUUCAGUACUUCAUCCCUUAAGAAGGAAGAGCAAACUGCUGAAAUCGUUAGCAUAUUGAGAGAAGUUGAGUUGAUCACCUUCAGCGUUUUUGAAUCAAUGGUCUCUUUUGUUUCUGAAUCAAAGUCAUCCAAGGCAAACAGCUGGUCAUUAGUUUCCAAGGUGAUGAAGUCCAGAAGAGUAGCUUGCGAGGGAGUCAACGAAUGUAACGAAUUCGCAAGUGCAGAUGGUGCCUUGGCCAGCCUCAUCAGCAAGAAGAUAAAGAAAACUGAUAACAAAGUUGAAGAGAUCAAUGCACAAAAUGAGCUUCAAUCAGUGGAGUCUUGUAUCCAAGUUCUUGAACAAGGAGUUGAGAGCCUUUACAGGCGUUUGAUCAAAACUAGAGUUUCUCUGCUAAACAUUCUCAACCACUAGCUAGUAGUAUAAACACAAUAGUACUUACUUAUGUAGAAACUUAGGCCUACGAAAAUUCAUAUAGCAAUAGAAAAGUCUGGGAACCAGCUUUUCAUAUACACUUGUACAUAUCAGUUUUAACAUACAAAAUCAAAUACUUGUUCG